AUGAAAACGGCCCCCCCUGCCUCCCCCCCCAUCUGCUCGGUGUGCGGGCUGAUCUUUGAGCGUCUGAGCUUCGAUGGAGGACCACGAUGGAGGACCACGGGGCACAACAAAGAGAAACGUUAUGAGUGUGACGUGUGUGGCAAGGCCUUUCAGUGUCCGAGCGAGCUGGAGGCCCACCAGCUGGUUCACACGGGAGAACGCCCCUUCGACUGCUCGGAGUGCGGCAAGAGCUUCACCAGGUCCGGCAGUCUGCUGCGGCACAACCGCGUGCACUCCAACGAAAGGCCCUCCACCUGCUCCGCCUGCGGCAAGAGCUUCAAGAUGGCGAAUCACCUGAAGAUUCACCGGCAGGUGCACAUGGGCGAGAAGCCCUAUGGCUGCUCCACCUGCGGCAAGAGUUUUGCCCGGUUGUCGGGGCUGCGCGAUCACCGGCGGGUGCACAGCAGUGAGCGGCCCUUCAUCUGCUCCGAUUGCGGCAAAGGCUUCAAGUCAUCACCGGACCUGAAGGUGCACAGGCGUGUGCACACCGCGGCGCGGCCGUACACCUGCAGCGAUUGUGGCAAAGGCUUCACCCACUCCCAUAGCCUGCUGGUGCACCAACGCACCCACACCGGCGAGCGUCCCUACACCUGCACCAAUUGCGGCAAAGGCUUCGCCCAGUCCAGUCACCUGUUGGAGCACCAGCGCACCCACACCGGCGAGCGGCCCUACACCUGCACCAAGUGCGGCAAGGGCUUCAUCAAGUCCAGUUACCUGCUGGAGCACCAGCGCACCCACACCGGUGAGCGCCCCUACACCUGCAGGUACUGCGGCAAGGACUUCAUCUGCUCUAGCAACCUGCUGGUGCACCAGCGCACCCACACCGGGGAGCGGCCCUACACCUGCGCCCGGUGUGGCAAGGGCUUCAUUUGCUCUAGCAACCUGCUGGUGCACCAGCGAACCCACACCGCCGAGCGACCCUACACCUGCAGCUACUGCGGCAAGGGCUUCACCUGCUCCAAUAGCCUGCUGGUGCACCAGCGCACCCACACCGGGGAGCGGCCCUACAACUGCACCCAGUGCGGCGAGGGCUUCACCCAGUCCAGUCAAUUGCUGCGCAUGCACACCAGUGGCCAGCCCUAUGACUGCCCGUACUGCAGUGAGGAGUUUGACUGCUCGCGGGGGUUGCGGCAGCACCGGAGGACCCACGCUGGCGAGCAGCUGCUCCCACUGUGA